UGUGUGUGUGUGUGUCCCGCAGGAGUCUGUGUCUGGGAAGCGCAGGCCGCAGUUUGCCCUUCAUCAACCCCAGCUCCAUGGAGACUCUGCGGGCCCUGGUGCAGGAGAUCCAGAGCAGCGGAGAGACCGACCCCCAGAUCUGGAGGAACUGUGAGGGCCGCUGGCUGCAUCUGUUUCAGCUGGUGGAGAAACAGUAUCAGGAGCAGAUCCUGGCCCAGCAGGAGCAGUACCAGUGCCAGAUACAGCUCAUCCAGGAUGAAAUUAAAGCUUUAGUGCAGCUCCAGAACAGGCAGACUCCGUCUCAGGACGCCGCCCGCAGCCCCAGACCCCUACAGGACCCGGCGGAGAGCAGGUCAGAGGAGGGCAUGCUGACGGUGGAGAGCAGCGGGUACGGCACGCUGUCGGCCUGGGAGCAGGCGCUGGACUCCGGCAGACAGGAGGCGCUGCUGUGGUCCCCCAACCCCAGCCUGACCCCGUCCCCGUCCCCGGGCCCCCAGAACACCCACAAACACACACGCAUCAGUCAGCCCCUGACCUCGUGGGCUCAACGGCACAAACAGAAGAGGAGCGGUGUGUGUGCGGCGCAGCAGCAGCAGAAGAGCGCAGCAGGAUCUCCAGAGCAAACACACACUUCACCCUCGUGUGUGAGCAGUGCAGUCUCGCUCGGUGUGAUUCCUCUACAGAGAGCUGACAGCGUGGCGUCUGAAACCUCAGGUAACGCUGAACAAGCACAAUGUCUUUAACUUAAAUAAAAUAAACAUUUACAAUAAAUGA